AUGUCUCCAAUGGCCGCGCGCAUCACCAAUGCAGCCCUCCGCACUCCACUCCGGGCGCCGUACUCCGCGUUCUCCACCACCGCCCGAUCCCGAGCCGGGGCAGGGAAGAGCACCAACGGCAGCAAGCCAGACGACGUCGAGAUUCCGGCGUUUAACCUCCGACACAUCACAUCGAGCCCCAGGGCGAGGUUCUGGUUAAUCUCGGGCUUCUGUGUGCUUGCGUCGAUUGAGGCUUACGGGUGGUACAACUUUGGGCCGAAGAUCUUGGGAUGGGAGAGGGGUGAGGAGGAGGUUGAGGGUAAAUAG